AUGAAUGACAAAAAACAAAGCAUUCAAAUUGUCAAGAUUCAUUUGAUGUUGAAAGGAAUCUCGCCUUCUUACAAGACUUGGGUGCAACAUGGAGAAUCUGUUCACGUGGAUCAAUCUUGUGUUUCAAAUGAUGCUAACUGUGACAAUGGUGGAGGUGUUGAGGAUAGAAUGGCUGGGGAUGGCACCGAUGAUAAGGACGAAUUGUCUAAUAUGCUGGAAGCUGUUUACAUGGGCGCUUUCAUGAAUGGCGAUAUUGACAAAUUGCCUAAUAACUUGGGGAGGGAGGAUGCACAGAAUUUUGAUAAGUUGUUCGAUGAUGCUCAACAACCCGUUUAUCCUAGUUGCAAAACUUUUACAGUAUUAUCAUUCGUUAUUAAGAUGCUUCAUAUUAAGGUGUACAACCAGUGGAGCAAUUCCUCUUUUGACAUGAACAUGAAGGUAUACAAGGAAAUUCUAUCGGAGUGUGAUAAGUCUGUUCCAUGGACCCUUUAUGAAGUCAAGAAAUUUUUACGAGAUUUGGGUUUGGGAUAUGUGCUAAUUCAUGCAUGCAAAUAUGAUUGUGCUCUUUUUUGGAAGGAGAAUGCGAACCUGGAGAAAUGCCCUAUAUGUGAUGAGCCUAGAUAUAAGCUGAAUGAUGGUAACGCUGUAGAUAUGAGAUGGCACAAGGAGAAGCGAGUGGAUGACGAAACAUCAAGACAUCCGGCUGAUGAGAAGGAAUGGAAGAACUUUGAUCGGCAACAUCCUGAGUUUUCCAAGGAUCUACGAAAUGUGAGGUUAGGGCUAGCCACCGAUGGUUUCAAUCCUUUUGAAAAUAUGAGCACAUCUUACAAUAUGUGGCCCGUUAUCGUGAUGCCUUAUAAUCUUCCACCUUGGAAGUGUAUGAAAGAGCAAUUUUGUAUGCUGUCAUUGCUUAUUCCCCAAAAAACGGCUCCCGGUAAAGAAAUAGAUGUUUACUUGAGGCCAUUAAUUGAUGAGUUGAAAGAGCUUUGGAAGGAUGGCGUGCAAACUUAUGAUGCCUCUAGUGGAAGUACAUUUAGAAUGCGUGCUGCUCUUAUGUGGACCAUUAAUGACUUUACUGCAUAUAGUAACAUGUCUGGAUGGCCAACAAAAGGUUAUUUGGCUUGUCCCAUUUGUAACGAAGAUGCUUCAUCAGAACAUUUGAGGAGUAAGAUUGGCUAUAUGGGUGCGAGGCGUUUCUUGCAUGAGAACCACAUAUGGCGAAAGAGUAAGCUCUUUAAUGGUAAAAGUGAGGACAGGUCAAGGCCAUGA